GGGAAGCGGCGUCUGGUAGCAAAAGGCGUCUGUGAGCAGAAAGUCGUAGGGGAACAGGAACAACAGCUGGUACGCCUAUAUCGACGUCUGGAUUGCGCGACGCAAAUUUGUUUACCAUUAAUUUUUAUUAUUUUUCUUAUGUACUAUGUGAUGGAUGUUGUCUACGGUGACGAGAGCAGCUGUUUCACAAGCAUAGCUAACAAAUGA